UCUGUCUGCAGCGGGGCUGUGCACCAGAGAUGCUCUGAGCUAGAGCGAAGCAACGAGAUAAGGGUUUGUAGUUUAAUUACACAGCUAAAUCUAUGGUAGGUACUUGACGAGCUGCAGAUUUAAAACUGACACUACUGGGUGCACUUGAAUCAAAUCCUGGAUUUCAUAGACGGGAUUGUUUUUAACAAAGUGAAGAUUCUUUGAAAUAAAUUACCACCGCAUGAAUAUUAAUUACGCUGGACUGUUGGACAGAUUUCAAAUGAGAAAGAGAACCGUCAAGAUCUAAGAAGAUUAAAGAACACAUAAAAACAAAACACAAUUUGAAAAGACAGGGAAAGGCAGCUCCAGUGAAAUAUAAAAUGCUGGAAGCAAUUAGAUCAUAAUUUUACAUCCAGCUGUGCAACCAAUGGGAAGAGCACAGCUGACAGUCAACUCCAGCAUUUGACACACAAUAUAUUUGGUUUAUUGUGGGUUUGUCCAAGGUUCUCAUGGAAACCCUUUCUGUCAAGCACUUUUUCUUGUCUGCCUAAGAAAGUAAUUCUAUGAAAUUCUGAAAAUGUCUGGAACUGAUUUUCCUCUAGAAAAAAACGGCAGUCUACUUUUUGAAAAUGGAACAUUCCUCAGAAUCGUCCCAACGUCCAUAUCAACCGCUGUGGACUCCUCUAAACAUUUGGAAAAUGUCUACGUAUAUGUUUCUAUCUUUUUAAGCCUGUUGGCGUUUCUCCUUCUGCUGCUUGUCAUUGCCCUCCAUAGACUCAAGAACAUCAUUACUUCCAGCUCGACUCACCCAGAAUGCACCAACGAAGGAGGAAGCUCCUUUACCAACCUGGAGAUUUGUAGCCUGUCCUCUCAGAGAUCUGUUGUGUCUUCCCUCUCCCAGUGAACACACUCAUUGAAUAUUAAUGUUUUGCACUGUAUAUACGCAUUCUUAUCAGUAAAGUUUAAAGAAGUUGAGGUGUGUUGAGAUGCUUGUCCUUGCGUUAAACCACAGGUAAACACACUUAACCAUGUGUCAGCUCUAUCAGAAAGUGAUCUGCACUGAUUCUGUACAGUAAAUAGCUUCUGGUAACAUUUUGAUGUUUUUUUUUUGUUUGUUUGUUUUACAUCCCUUUACCUUUUCUAGGAAUCAUUCUGUGUGUGUUGUUCAAAUGUCGAGUUUUAUUCAAAGGUACAUGAGCUACCUUAACUACUCUGUAUUUACAGUACAGUAUAGUGCUUCCUCAUCAUUUAACUGAUUUGCACAACAAAAACAGGGAAAUAGUAAAAACCAUGAAUUAAUGAAGAGAACGUAUACAGUAAAAUACAGUACUUGUACCAUUUCCUGUCAACAUGGCCCAGCCGUUCAUUAACCAAAUUUGUGAAUGAUCAAAUUGUGAAAUACCUGGGAGCACUUGAGUUACUAUCCCUCAAAAUGACUUGAGAGGAUAACAAACCUGUGGAACAACACCAAUUAAUAACAAGCAUGUAACUCUUUCAAUACUGCAUACCUGUGAAGAGGUGAGGAACAAGAACUCCACUCAACACACUUCAGCAGUUAAUCAGUCCCAGUCUUGGGUAUACCCCAAUAUCAUUUGUGAAUGAAUUAUUUCCAAACAAGGAACUGAAACUAUUUAGUUAGUUUGAUGUCAUUUUGCAAAGUUACAUAACAUGCAGAAAAAAAGUAACAUACUUCUUAUCCUGCUGUGCUGUCUGCAUGCAGUAAGUAAUGUAACAAACUGUGCAUCUACAGUAUCAUGAAUGUACAUGUAUUUUGAAGUGUAUUUAAUUUUUUAUAUAGUGUUACAGUUCUUUGGGCUAAAUUCAUAGCUGGUUUUAUGUUGAAGCUUUAUUCAGAGCAGCUGUACAGCAGGCAGAUGGUGCUGGCUCUUAUCACUCAACAGACCCUUUGGUUGAUAUGCCACCUUCAUUUUAUGUUUAUGGUAUCUACCAAGCCUAAAGUCAGCUCAAAUUAAGAACUCUGCAUUUGAGAAACCAAAAUAUGUCCGGGGGAUGGUAAGAAAAAAAUGUAAUUGUAAGCUAUGUGUUGUGUAAUGCAGCCUUAUACGGGAGAUAUAAAUGUGGGAUUUUAUUGUGUAAGUUGAUGUGUGUUCAGAAGUGUAUUAAAGUAAAUUUAUUAUUUCUAUCUGUUUUUACUGUAUUACUUUUUUUUGAUUACUGACAACCCCAGAAGGAAUCAGCUAAGCCGAAUGUGAUGUGUUUAGGAAUUUUUUUGCAUUCCAAAAUAACACUGAAGUUGGAUGAACUUUCAAAGGGGUA